AUGGGUUGUUGCAGCUCCAAGAGUGCCCUGUCAGCCAACAAUUCACAUGGGGCCUCCAUCGCCGCAGUCGAGUUAUCCAGUGCUCUUGGCGACACCUUUAGCGAGAUAAACCUCCAGGGUAACGUGAAUGAGCAACUUCGGGAACUUCUGCAGCGGCUAAACCAUGAAGCUUCAAAGUAUGUCAAUUCCAAGGUUGACGAGGACAAAUCACCAAAAUGGGAUCCCCCCCAAGCUGAGGUUCAGUUAGUAUCCGCAGCAUGGAAGUGUGCUCGCGGAACCUACAAUCUCGAAGGAACCAUAACAAACACCAGUUACUGCACCUUUCGCCGUGAAAAGGCACUGCGGGAAUCCUUCGCCGGUACUGUUAAAGUUAUCACGUCAACUGUCGCCGAAACAACCUCAGAUGAUGUAGGGAAAAGCGACCUGUUGCCAGUCCUGAUACUUGCGAUACGUGGGAGUGCAAGCAAGAUGGACCAUAUCGUCAAUGCCAAUUCUCGACCACAACCUACCAGAGGGUUCAUUCAAUACACUGAGGAUCUAGGAGCUCACUCUGGUUUUCUAAACAGUGCACAAGCCCUUGAUUCAAUAGUAACAACCUUGGUCAAUGAUUAUAUACAAGAUUUCAAUAGAUCCAAGGGUCAGAAACCACAUGUUCUAUUUACUGGCCAUUCUGCAGGUGGAGCUGUAUCGCAGCUACUUUAUCUUCAGUACAUAUCUAACCAAGCCUUCAAUGAAUCUGCAAGGUUUUCAUGUGUCACUUUUGGUGCACCCCCAUGUGUGACAACACCCAUUGAUCUGUCCUUCUACCAACCGGACUGGAGAUCACUCUGCCUCAACAUCAUCAACGAGUUCGACGUCGUCACCAGAGCCGACAAGCCUUACAUCCUGUCGUUGGUCGAAGUUGCAAGAACUAUGCUCAAUCAGCCAUCGAAAGCACUAUUACCUGAACCUGAAACAAACAAUGAGAUAAUUGAUGCCUCCCUGAAAGCCACUCAAGACAAGGAAGCCAAAAUCUCCUCUCCAAAGAACGAAGAAUCAUAUGAUGAAAGCAAAAAGAUCUGGCACUUCUCUCAACCUCUCUACAAUCAUAUUGGGUCUAGUGUUGUUCUCUUGUUGCCAUCAGAAGAUGAGAUGAAACUCAAAGCGGUUGAAGUCACGCCCGCAGAGUUUCAGAAAUUGCUGUUUUGCCGAGUAGCCGUUCAUGGCAAGAGAAUCUACGAGAAGAGAGUUGAAUUGUUGGAAAAAGGACGUUUCAAUGAUCGGUCAGGCUGGUAG